AUGCAGUGUCCGGAAUAUGUUAUUCCGCGCACGAAAUUGUGGGAGCAACUGUGGGGUAUUAGGAUUAACGAGAUGGAUUACGACAAGAUCGUGUCGAAUCCGCAGGCCACCCGCUACGUGGUCAACUUCAUGCACCAAACAGGUCUCCUCCAGCAGUUUCAACACGUUGGAAUUGAGGAGUACGACGACGACAAAUCGACAGGCGGCAAUGGAUCUAGCGAGAACUCAGCCAGAGUCGACAAACAUGCCAAUCAACUGACCAGGACAACGUCACCAUCAACUGAAACUGAGGCAGGGGAGGGUUUACAGAGAGAGAGAGAGAGAGAGAGUGAAGUGGGUGUUGGAAGGUGGAGGGUGCACUCUACAACAAUCAUUAUAUGUUAA